AUGGCCGAGGCUGCCGCGGCUCCACGACACCGGUUCUUCUGUCAUUGCUGUAAAUGUGUAAUCGACCCCAAGUUACCGGAGUAUGUAUGUCCCAGAUGUGAAUCUGGCUUCAUUGAAGAAGUACCAGAGAACUCCAGUCUUCUACAGAGUGGUGAUGUAACUGAUGAUGCAGAUGUAGCCAGCGAUGACAUGGCCUCACAGUUUGCAGAGCUGUGGCAGCUGCUCUUCAUGGAGCAUACAGCCCUACUCUCUGACCCCACAGUCACAGACACGCUCCACAGCCGCUCUGGGGUGGAAGCAGCAGUUGGUGAUCCUGCCUCUGGGACUGUGAGACCUGUAGCUUCCGCGGAGACACUUUCAGAGUGCACAGAGCCUGCACACCUCCCUCAACAAAACAACCAGCAGCAACACACUAGACUGGAUCAGGGACAGGCAGUGGAGGGGAUUGUUCAGCAGUUCCUGGCUGGUCUGUUUUCCAAUUCUGACAGUACAGCACCCCAAACAUCCUCAUGGUCUAGUGUUUUACAUUCUAACCCUGGAGAUUAUGCUUGGGGACAAGGAGGUUUAGAUGUGGUCAUUACACAGCUGCUUGGUCAAUCUGAAAAUACUGGUCCCCCUCCUGCUGACAAAAAGAUGAUCUCAUCUCUCCCUACCGUUAGCAUCUCAUCAGAACAGGCUGCAUGCCGACUGGAAUGCCCUGUGUGUAGAGAGGAGUACUCUGUAGGGGAAUCUGUCCGACAGCUGCCCUGCCUGCACUGUUUUCACAGCAACUGCAUUGUGCCCUGGCUACAACUGCACGACACCUGUCCUGUCUGUCGGAAAAGUCUGAAUGGUGAAGACUAUAGUUUCCAGCCACAGCCAGCAACUCCAGAGCCAGUCCCGUCACCACCGACUGUAGAAGAGCGUAGCACAUUUGAGACUCUUUAGCCACCUGUCAUGCCUCUUUCAUUCAACUGAUCAAUUGAGGACUGAGAGAGAGAAUCAAAGAUGUCCUGCAAUGUGCCUUCUAUAUCAAAAUAUAUUUUAACUGAGACAGACAAACCUCUUUGAAUUUAAUUAUAUCGUAGUCAUUAUAAAACUGUGAGAAAGCUUUUUUUUUUUUUUUUUUUUUUUUUUUUUUUGUGAUCAGCAUUUGUAUUUGUGAGGUUUUUGUGAAGAACAACUGUGCCCUUGAAUCAUAGGCUUUCAACACUGUCCCCAGUGACUUUUCUGUUUAAAGGGAUAGUUCUAACUACCUAACUAUUCCAACCAUAACUAAUGCACAACCACCACAGCUAUCAGCCAACAUGAAAUUAAUUUAAUCAAUUUGCAUAAUUCCAGGUUGGAACAAACACAAUUUCUUAGAAGUCCCCCAGGACUGGAGGUAAAAACCACUAAGUUAGAUGAAACAGAGACAGUCUCACAGAAGGUACAGUUCAAGUUGCAUAUGCAUAUUUUAUGAUGCACAUUUACCAUAUAGUUUCUUCAGAGCUUUCUAUGUUUGAAUACUUAAAAAAAAAUAUAUAUAUAUAUAAUAAAUAAUUAAAAAAAAGUGAGCACACACUUUCACUUACCUGUCAG